AUGCUCUCAAUUGUCUCGCUCCCGCAAAAGGUGCCGGUUCACUUGCCCCCAACAGAAACGAAGAAAGGGGCAGCACAGAAGAGGGCGGUGACCUCCCACCUCACAACCCCCAGCCGUCUCCCACCGCGCAUCCAAAUGUGUUGGUUAAUUUGGUAUUGCAUCUCAAUGUGUUGGUUAAUUUGGUAUUGCAUCCCAAUUCAAUUCAGUGGGCUCAAUACAGACAUCCAAACGAAGCGUGCAUGUUUUUAUCAAUGUUGGCUCGCUAGUGCAAACCAGGGAGAACACAACAAUCACACUAACUCAGUUAGGUCAUGCUUCUGUAAAUUUGCAUUAACUUGGCUGGUCUACCCUGCUAUAAAGUUAGGUGACAACGUUCAACUAAAGCACUGA